AUGCAAUACGGUCGAAUGAUAGAAAGUUUGUUGAAGCUUAAGGAUCAGCUAAAAGGGAAAUGUUCCGUUGAUCAGGUAUACCUAUUUGUUAUAGUGUUACUUUUUCUCUGCUUUAGCUACUAUAAUAUAUUUCAGCAGGCACAGCUCCAGGUUCAGUUACCAUAUGUUGAUGUUGUGAAGUUUUUGAAGAAUGGAGAGUCGCAACUUCAUGAGAAAAAGGCUGAGGCAUUUUCCGACUUGUACACCACGGUCUCUAGUCACUUUGAUAGUACUUACAAGAAUGAAUAUUUGACUCACUACAAUAACUACGGAGUGCUUCUAGCACCAGUGUUGAUAUUCACUAGGAAGUAUAUUGGGCUAAUGUACAGAAUGAGGAGCACACAAUACAGAAAUGGAAUUGGGUCUAAUCUGGACAGGGCAGUUUUCCAGACCUCCAAGAUGUUUAUCAAGACUCCAGAUAAUUUGGUGUCUCCAUAUAGCAUGGACCCAGUACCUGGGCCUUUGAGCUUCCGGAACACCAAGUCGGCGUACAAGCAGUUUUUAUACACAUGUAUAUAUCCGAUGUACAAGGCAGGUAGGCCGGAAUUGGAGCCUCCUCUGUAUAACUUGGAUCAAACAUUGACUGGAUAUAAGGUGAUUGAGUGGAUUCAGAUCACAGUUUUUGUGUUGGGGCUUUUGCUUGAGAUAGAGGUCAUUUCUGCUGGAUUUUACAGGCGAAGCAGCAUCGCCAAACUUCUGUCCGUCACAUACAUUAUGAUGUUAGUGUUGGUUGGAACUUGUGCAUGUCUCUCUGUUACAUUUGUCAUCAAUAAGCGAAGCCCCGUGUACGGCACAUUCAACUCUGUUUUGGACUUUUUCCAGAUGGUUUUCAUGCUUCUUGUUGGCUGUUUCCUCAAGCGUUUGUGUCUUGAGAUGAACUUGAGCAGUGUUAUGAUGACAAGAAGUGAGCCAGUUAGUGGGCACGUGACACAGGCAUUGAGUGGAUGCAGAGCACCUCCUGUCAGUACUACUAACACAGGCAGAGAAGAAGCGAACGGUGAAAGUCCAAAGAAUGAUGUUUUAAGGUUCUCUGGAUUUGAUUUCUGCCCUAAUUCACCAGUUGUAGCUGCAGACACAGGAAAAAGAUAUCUGGAGGGGUCUUCCGAGUCAAAGCAUAGACGGGAAUUGGCAUUUAUGCAGAAUGUGUACGAAGAGGUGGAAGCUGAGCCAGAAUUUUUGAAAGAUAGGAAUGAAGAUGUGGAUGAUAAUGAGGCAGACGAUGAACUUGAGGAUGAGGUUGGUGUGAUGGACGAGGUUAGGCACUAA